GCAUAUCAGCAGAUGCUGAACAAGAUCCGCAUCAGCAACCCACAGCUUUACCAGCUCAUGAAGACCUACAAGCUAGGACUGGUGGGGGCGUACCAUGAUGUAAUAGGUGUCCGGCGGGAAAGCGGAUCUCCCAACAACAACGGCGGCGGUUCUGUUCCGAAUGCAGACCACAUCCCACCCAGAGACUCCCUGCAGAAGGCCUAUGACAUUCUGCAGCAAAAAGGGAUGACAGAAGCCUUCAGGACCGAGCAUCCAGCCCUGUACGAGAUUAUGGUGGGAAAAGACAAGCAGCUGUGCAGAGAGGUGCUGGCUCACCACCACCAGCUGGCCCUGACCACCGGCAACAGCAGGGAGGCUCAAAGCACCAGGGCUGAGCUGACCAAGGUCCUGCUAAGCGGAGACAGUGUGAAACUGAUGAAGAUGUCACUACUCCUGUCCAAUCCAGAGGUCUCAGAGUCUCUGAGAAGGGAUGCAGGAAUCAGCCGACAUCAGAACAGGCUGGAUUACCUGUCUGGAGAAGAGAUCCAGGCGUACCACAAAGUGGGAAACCGACUGCUGGUGGACGGCUACUCAGCAUUAGGGCUGUUCACCUACACCCAGAGAGAGGAGCUGCAGGACUGGCUGGACAGGGGGGAACUUUACUCUGACAAGACAGCAGAGUACCAGCAGCUGCUGGCCUCCAUCAGAGACGCAAACAACAAAAAGCAGCUUAAAAGAAAAAGAUAG